AUUCAAUGUCAAAUUCAUUGCUAUCCAUUUAUUUUAUUUGUCUACCUUAUGUGAUGAGUACUUUGCUGCCCUGAAGAAGGCCAUAAAAGGGACCAAUGAGACAGAACAGGCGGUUACAAAGAGAGAGAGAGGGUGGAGUGGGAGUCAGUGAUUCUAGUGGGUUCCUGCCAAGUGCCAAAGACCCCACCCUCUUUUGUACACAUUUUUAUGGUUUUUUUCGUUUGAAUUUUUAGUUUUAAACUCAAAACCCCACACACAAAAGGACAUAACUCAAAGAGAAGGUCUGGCCCCGAGGGACAGGUCUGCAAGGACAAGAUUUUGUGUACCUUGAGAGAACAGUUUCAAAAUCUGAUACAAAUAUUUACACUCUAGAAGAGGUGUUGUAAUAAAGAAAAAGGCUCCAAAAAAAACAAAGCAAACAAAUAGAUCAGGUUGGUUUCUUCACAUAGAAGUAGAGAUGGAAAGCAGAAGAAAGAGACGCCCAUGAAGGAUCAAAAGUUGCAAGGAGAGAAGAGAUAUAUCAGAGAAAAAGACUGGACCUUCUUUGUUUCUAUUUAGAUUCUCUUUGACAAGAAAGCUUUGAUCUUUUGUCUCUCUGCACUCUCUUUCUUAAUUUCUUUCUGUCUCUCCUUCUCUCAGCUUUUGCUCCUAAGUCCCUAGCAAACAAACCUAUCGCUCUUAGAACUCAUAACCAAGCCAAGCUGUUUCUGGUUUGGAGAAUGGUCUAAAGAACAACUCUUAUUGCAUGGCGAACCAUAGAGUAGGAGAGACAGGUUUAACAGACUCUGGACCUUCAAAUCAUCAUCGCCAUAUUCCUUAUGCUGCUCUUCAUGGAAUGAAUGUGCCGACGAGUUUCAUCCAUCAAGAAGGAUCUGCCUUUGAUUUUGGAGAGCUAGAAGAAGCAAUUGUGCUGCAAGGAUUGAAAAUCAGAAAUGAUGAAGCUAAAGCACCUUUAUUCACACCCAGCAGACCUGCAGCUACUCUGGAGAUGUUUCCUUCUUGGCCAAUGAGAUUUCAGCAAACCCCAAGAGGAAUUUCAAGGUCAGGAGGGGAAAGCACAGACUCAGGAUCAGCAGUGAAUACUCUCUCAAGUAAAACUGAGCACCAGAUUGAACCAGAAUCUCCUAACAGUAAAAAGGCAUCUUCUUCAGAUCAUCAGGCUUUUGACCAGAAGCCUCUGCAGCACCAGCAGCAUCUACAGCAACAACAGCAGCAUCAGCAACAACAACCAGAGAUGGCAAGUGAUUCCUCAAGAACGGGAACAUCACAGAAUCAAUCACCUGGAAAACCACCCCAAGAAAAGAGAAGGGGUUCAACUUCUGAGAAACAGCUUGAUGCGAAGACACUGAGACGUUUAGCUCAAAACAGAGAAGCUGCAAGGAAAAGCCGUCUUAGAAAAAAGGCUUAUGUUCAACAACUAGAAUCAAGUAGAAUAAAACUAACUCAACUAGAGCAAGAUCUUCAGAGAGCGCGAUCUCAGGGACUUUUCUUGGGAGGUUGUGCUGGUGCUGUUGGAAAUAUCAGCUCUGGGGCUGCAAUAUUUGACAUGGAAUAUUCAAGAUGGUUAGAAGAUGAUCAGAGGCACAUGUCAGAACUUAGAAGCGGAAUACAUGCACACCUUUGUGACAGUGACCUUCGAAUAAUCGUAGACAGUUACAUUUCACAUUAUGAUGAAAUUUUCCAGUUGAAGGCGAUGGCUGCAAAAUCUGAUGUUUUUCACCUUAUAACCGGGAUGUGGACGACUCCAGCGGAGCGAUGCUUCCUUUGGAUGGGCGGUUUUAGGCCCUCUGAGCUCAUUAAGAUGUUAAUAUCACAAUUAGACCCGUUAACAGAACAGCAAGUGAUGGGGAUUUGCAGCCUCCAGCAUUCUUCACAACAGGCAGAGGAGGCACUCACCCAAGGCCUGGAACAGCUCCAGCAGUCUCUAAUUGACACCGUUGCAGGGGGUCCAGUCGUUGAUGGAAUGCAACAAAUGGCUGUUGCCUUAGGCAAGCUUGCCAAUCUUGAAGGUUUCGUUCGUCAGGCUGACAAUUUAAGACACCAAACCCUUCACCAAUUGCCUCGGAUAUUGACUGUUAGACAGGCGGCACGCUGUUUUAUAGUGAUUGGAGAGUACUAUGGGCGGUUGCGAACACUUAGUUCUCUUUGGGCGUCUCGUCCUCGAGAGACUUUGAUAAGUGAUGAUCACUCGUGCCAAACAACAACGGACUUGCAAAUGGUCCAAGCAUCACAGAAUCAUUUCUCAAACUUUUGAUCAACAAAAUUCCCACUAGCCAGCCAUGAAUCAGCAAUCAAAAUCCUGUAUCUUCCACAAUGAUGCAGCCAUGCAAAAUAUUGAAUUUCAUCAAGCUACUUUAGUUGAUAGGACUUUCUUUUCUCUCUUUUUUUUUUUAUUUGUUAUUAUUAAGUUUAUCCUCUGUAAAUGAAAAUUCAAUUUUAAUGUGCAUGAGGGAGCUAGCUUUCUCCUUUCUUGAAAGAA